GACCCGGAUUGAACUGCGUCGCCCGCUGUUUGUUUUCACCCUCCCCCACCCUUAACCGGGGCCGCACGGACAGGAUCAUCCCGUUCACCCCCCGGGUCGGCACUGACAAGACCUCUUCACCCGGGACCCUACCGACACAGCACACCCCCGCCACCCCCCCGCCGGCAGUGAAAGGACGCCGCUGAGGAAACGGCCUGCCCAGGGUGUGGUGAACACAGUUCAGUUCUGGAUUUUGCAGCCGUGGUGUUUUGAAUCUUUCUGCUGGCAUUUAGCACCAACAAGCAUCAUGUUCCCAAUAACUAAAGACUGAAAGUGAUUAUCAUUGCUACUGGUUGUGGUUCGCAAAGCGUGCUGUGGGAAUGGCUGGGCACUUCCGUAGCUAUGUAUGGGAUCCCAUUCUUAUCAUAGCUCAGAUUAUCCUGAUGCAAUGCAUCUAUUACAGUUUCCUCGGCAUUUGGUUGGCUGUAGUGGACAGCCUGGUACAGAACAGUCGCUCGCUUGAUCAAGUAUUUAGCUAUGAGGUGCUGGGAUUUUCCACAGCUCAGGGGAGGCUGUCGAUGAUGGCAUUUGUCCUCAAUUCACUCACAUGCGCACUUGGAUUAUGGUAUUUCAUCCGAAGAGGAAAGCAGUGUUUGGAUUUUACUGUGACCAUCCAUAUCUUUCACUUUAUGGGCUGCUGGAUCUACAACUUACACUUUCCCACAGCACUGAGCUGGUGGCUGGUGAACAUUGUGUGCAUUGCACUGAUGGCUGUGAUAGGAGAGUACUUGUGCAUGCGGACAGAACUGAGAGCCAUCCCUGUGAACACUGGACCCAAAUCUGACCUGUGACACAUUGUGCAGCAUUUCAAGCAUUUGGCACCUCAGAUUUGUCCAAUCGUGAAUGAAACUGCCCAAUGACCAGUGUUAAAUAUUUUAUUUCAAUGUUAACAAGACUUUUCUACACAAAAUGCAAUAACAUUAAAUCCUUAUUUUGGCCACUAUAAUAUAACUUAUGUGAAGUGAAAACUGUUUGUAAAGUGCAUCUUUAUUUAAGGAUAAGCCUUUCUAAGCAUGUAUCUAUUCAAGACUUGGAAGUAGCUUUGGUUGGCUGAGAAUUGGGAGUUGGUGACAGUUGAAACUCCAAGACACCUGCAGCUGGAUAUGGAUUGAAUAAGCCUUACAGACUUGCUAAGACAGCGUGUUGGAAUUAUUGCAGGAUUCUGCUUUAAUGCCUCAUCAGUGGUAAGACCAUGUCAUCUGAUCUGCCCAGCGUCUUCACCCCUGCUGGCAAGCUGGAAUGUUUCCCAAAGUUUACAGCAAUCUUCACUUCCUUAUCUAAAUAACCUUCAAAAGUGUUCAACGCUUGAAAAUUCAAGGAAUAUUAUCAUUCUCAAAUGUGAGACCUAGAGCCUGUUGUAACACUCAGUGUAUUUGCACAGUUUCCAGUGAUUUUUAAGCAAAGAUUAAGCACCCUGUUUUGAUAUUGAAAUAUAUGUGGUGUAAAAUAGUUUAGUAAUGAAUGAUAAAAAGCACUUUGAAACUAAAGGCUGGACCUAGACUUGAGGGAUGACUUGUGGAUACAGUCCAUGACCCUUGUGCCAUUUUUUUAUUGGCAGGGAACACAGCUUAAUCUCUAUUUUGUUUAAAACUCACUGAGUUUUAAAAUAAAUUUAUUGCAGUGUUGAAAGUUGAAUAUUAG